AUACCAUAUGGCAUUUUGGGUUUUCCCCCUAGUAAACUGAAUUCAUACCCAAGUAUUGGUUCUCUGUUUUGGUAAUAUUGAAUGUUCUUCCUAGAUGGAUGAAUCAACUCAUGAUUGUAUCGCCGGUGACCGGAAUAUUCUCUCCGCUGAUCCUUCCGAUCAUCAGAUUACUCAAGUUGGUUUUGAGGUUGAUGAAGAUCACAACGGCGAGGUUUCUGGUGCUUCCAUUUAUAUGGAAGGCAGGGGAGCUGAUGGAAACGAGAUUGGUGAAAGUUCUGAUGAAGGUACAUUUCAACAGGUUCUUGACGUUAAAUCAGAUCAAGAUCUCUCUCAAAGGGCAUUAUUUCCUUUAGAUAAGACCCCAUCAGGUUCAGAGGAACCAUAUCUUGGACAGGAAUUUGAAUCUGAGGCAGCUGCACAUGCAUUUUAUAACACAUAUGCUACUAGAUUAGGUUUCGUUAUUCGGGUGAGCAAACUUUCUCGAUCAAGGCGAGAUGGAACUGCCAUUGGUCGGGCUCUUGUUUGCAAUAAAGAGGGAUUUAGGAUGCCUGACAGACGUGAGAAGAUUGUAAGACAAAGGGCAGAAACUAGGGUUGGUUGCAGAGCGAUGAUUCUGGUCAGAAAGGCCAGCGAUGGCAAAUGGAUAGUUACGAAAUUUGUAAAGGAGCACACUCAUGGAUUGACCCCUGGAAAAGGUCGUAGGGAAUUGAUGUAUGAUCAAUAUCCGAAUGAACACGACAAGAUAAAGGAAUUGUCCCAGCAGCUUGCUAUUGAGAAAAAACGAGCUGCCUCCUACAAAAGGCAAUUGGAGCUAGUUUUUGAGCACAUUGAGGAGCAUAAUAAACAUUUGUCUAACAACAUUCAAGACAUAGUAAACAGUGUGAAAGAGAUGGAAUCUCAAGAGCAUUGGAAUGUUACACAACUGGAAACAAGUCGAGGCAAGCGAAAACCUUCUUGACGGGGUUAGAGAUAAUAUAAACUUAGACAUUUGUUUGUUACUCUAAAUGUUCCUAACAUCUUGUAUCAGCCUGCAGUUGGAUCAGAGACAUUCUUGCAAUCAGUCGAGAACAACAAUUGUUAUUACCUUAGUGGGGCUUCAUCCCCUAUGCGCCAAAAUUAAUUACAUCCUACCAUAUGUCAGUUUGUUGGUUCCGGUUGACUUGAAGAAGUUGUUUCUAGUU